AUAUAUUUUGCAGUGUAUUGAAUUUUCGAAUUCUGUAUCGAUAAAAUUCUGGAUUCGCCACUGAUUAUCGUCAUGCACGAAAUUCCUACCUGCCUAACCAUGCACAUUUCCUUUUGUGUGUAUAUAAGGGAACUUUACUGUCCUAUUCUUUGUUUAAUUGCUUAGUAUCUCUCUCUCUCUCUCUCUCCUCUCUCUCUCUUUCUCUCUCUCUCUAAAAUUUUUCACAGUUAUAACGAAGGCGGACUUGUCUCUCCGGCAUUGACUCGUUCUGAAGCUCCUCACUCACGUUUGUGUGUAUAUACAACGGAUGUACGUAGAGAUCGCCUCUGUGCAGUUCUUUUGGAAGGUACAUUUGCCGAUAAGUAAAGUCAGAUAGCUGGGUUUUGCAGAAAUUUACGAAUUUGACAUCUGCAGAGAUCACUGAUUGUUGACAACGGUCUGUUAUUAUUUUUGGAAUUGAAUUUCUGGGCAUUAAUUCUGUGGAUUUUCAGCCUUGUUUUUUCUGAUUUUCAGUCACGUGUAGCAUCUGGUGAAUUCAGUUUUAGGACAGUGGUAAUUAAGGUUGUUUUGGAUCAAUACAGUGAUUUUGGUUCACAAAUACACACAGUACAUCUAAAGAAAAGUGGAAAAAAAAAAUAAAGAUUGAAUUUUUAUUUCACUGGUCCUUAGGAAGAUGAACCUGGGGAGGGGGUUUCACGAUCCCCGGGAAAAGGGUGUUAUGCAAAAUGGAGGUAAUUGGGUUCCGUCCACACCAGACAAACCAAUUGUUCUGCAGAGGUCGAAUAAUGUCGAAUCUGAAACCCCACGAAAUCAAAUGGGCGAAGAAAAUUGGAUGGAUUUGCUGGGGAUUUACAGUGAUGUUUUACAGAACGAGGUAUCGAAAGCACUGCCAAACGAGGUAUCGAAUGCACUGCCAAACGAGUUCGAUUUACGCAGCCCAAAUAACGUUCAAGGUGUUGCUCCAGUUGAGACUUAUAACAGGCUGCAGCGGAGUAAUCAAGACUUUGCUCCUCCUGAAGUCUAUAAUCGUCCGCCUCACAGUUUUGGGGGUGCAGGGGUGAAUCGUGUGGACCAUCGUCACAACUUUGAAGAUGUUAGCGCAAUGAACAAGUUCGGAAGCUCGAACCAGAAUCCGGGUGAAGUUGUACUACCUCAAAAGGUGCAUUCUUUAGCGGAAUUGAUGGGUAUGAGGAGAGCACCAUGUGCCCCUACGUCAUAUGGGGCACUAAACGGGAGCAAUUAUGUCGUGGGGAAUCACGUGAAUUAUGCGGUUGGUGGUGCGAAUCUCCAACAGAAUCCCGCUCUGCAUGCAAGGUGUAACGGUGGUGGUUACAACCUACAAGAAAUGCCAAACGUAGGUCGACUUUCAGUGCCGAACCUAAACUUACCAGCAAGUUCAGAAAUUGGAGAAUCGUCAAGUGCCUUAAGGCCGUUCCUGUUAGAGCCAGUAACGCCGGACCAGCAGAAACAGUCGAAAAAUUGCCAGGUCAUUCAAGUACCAGAUUUGUCGAUUGGCGAAACCUCAAUCCAAAACAAACAACAUAAGCAGGAUAAAGUUAUCUUGUCUCCACAACCUGAAAUAAUCGAAAUAGAGGAUAAUGAAAUUUUGGUCAACAACACUGUCGUGGGUUCAUCAACUGCAGCGACUCAGAACUUGCAAGAGGAAAAUACAAUUAUUCAAGGUGGAGAUGGAGGAAUUGAUCAGAACAAGACACCACAGCAGAAAACACCCAAGAGAAGGAAACACCGUCCAAAGGUCAUAAAAGAAAAGAAGAAAACCAAAAAGACUCCAAAGCCUGAGGUUGCAAAAACCGCCGCCACUCCUGAUGGAAAUACUGCGGCAAAAAGGAAGUAUGUGCGCAAGAGUGUCACUAAACCCUCAACAGAUCAACUGAGUGAUGCGGGAAAUAUCGCUCAAGCGUCGAAUCUGGAGCCACCUGCAGAAAAAUCAUGCAAGAGAAAAUUAAAUUUUGACUUGGGUAAUGGAACAGAAAACGAAAAUCAGCAGGUACAUAAUAAUGAAGGGAAUAAGCGGCCUUUUAAUUUAAAUUUGGAUUCCCAAGAAGCAGAAUGGUCAACAGAAUUGAACGGGCCACCGAUGCUUGUGGUGAAUGAAGGACAGCAAAAUACCUUUGACAGAGAGAGACAGCAGACACAGCCUGCAUACAAUUCUGUCCACUCGGCGAAUAAUAUCUCUCUUCAAGGGUCAACUCAGAUGGCAAAUACAUCCCCGAUGCCUACAUCUAAAAACCAUUUGAAUGUCCUUGCUAGGAAUUUCAACGUGCGAAUGACUAAUACACACCCAAAUAUCGACGGGUACAACAAUCAGGUGCAUCAUCAGAUGUCUGGAGGCGGCCCUGCUCAGCUUGUCAUUCGACCAGACUUUGACGAUAGAAGACAAUCAGCAGUUCAUUCAAUGCCGCAAAUUCUGGAAAAUCCGGUAGAUGUCACUGAGAAACAAGGAUCAAGAAACUCGCAUGCUAUCACACUGAUGGGUUCUCAACUAAGGUUGAACGGAGUCUCUGAGAGAGGUUAUCGCAACUGUGAAACCAGCAACUCCUUGCAAAAUGGUCUAAUGCACCAGAAAAAGAAGGUUGAGAGUACAUUUCAUGGGACCUCAUCCAGCACGCCUUCUGGCAUUUCCAUUGAAGACGUCUGGGGACCAACUGAAAGCCGAGGGAAUAUGACUUCCCCUGCACAAAUCUCCAGAAUGCACCAGAAUGGUGGGUUAACAAAUGCUGAUCAUAGAGGACAGAUCGUAUCAAGAAACACAAAUAAUGAUAGAUCUAACAUGCUCGCUUAUCAUUACUACAUGAAUAUGAUGCACAUGCUUCAACGGCAGCAGCAGCAUGCUUUGUCUCAAGAGCGUUUACGUUCAGAGCAAAUAGCACCACAGACAUCCCAUUACUCUGCUAACAAGCAAAUCACCAACUCUGUCACAGCAAUGACUAACUGGAAUCCCAAAUCUACAUCUGAAAGAGACCCGAAACCCAUUCCGAUGAAUGGAACUAUAACUACUCCCGAUCGUGUUGCGGCCAAAAGACCGCCAGCUGGACAAACGUCGUCGAAAAAAAUUCUUCAACAAGAGUCCAAGAAGUCCAGAAGCAAAGGCUAUUCCUCCAAGAAAUUCGCAGGACCAGUACAAGAAAAGGAGAGACGUGUAUUUUCCAUAAAUGAUAUCACAGACCUUAUGCAAGACCUGAGCAUCAAUAACAAUGGCAAGAAAAUAGUUCGGAAAGAACAAAAUGCACUUGUGCCAUACAGAGGGAGUGGUACUGUUGUUCCAUACGUGGAAUUUGAUGUAGUCAAAAGGCGGAAGCCUCGGCCUAGAGUGGACCUUGAUCCAGAAACAAAUAGGCUGUGGAACCUCUUAAUGGGUAAGGAAGGAGAUGAAACUGCUGAAACAGUGGACAAUAAUAAAGAAAAAUGGUGGGAGGAAGAAAGAAAAAUGUUCCGGGGUCGUGUGGACUCGUUCAUCGCACGUAUGCAUCUAGUCCAAGGGGACAGGCGAUUCUCUAAGUGGAAAGGAUCUGUUGUUGAUUCAGUGAUAGGUGUGUUUCUCACACAAAAUGUUUCAGAUCAUCUUUCAAGCUCUGCUUUCAUGUCUCUUGCAGCUAAGUUCCCUCUCAAAUCAACAUCUACUGGGCAAACAUUCUGCGGAAAUGGAGAAAGACCGGUUAAACACCAUGAGGUCCGCGUAACACAUCCAGAUGAAACAACUUGUGAUAACAACAUAGUAAGGGAACCCGUGUGCAAUAGCUCCGUGACAUCCAUUGAAUCAUCUGAGUACAGGGCAGAAAAUGACAUGAAAGGAAAAGGAGCUUUCUCAAUGAAUGACCAAACCAGGAGAACCGAAGAAGACAUAAUUUCUUCACAAAGUUCUUCGGAAUCUUUUGUUUUUCAAGCCUGUGAAGAUUUCAGAUCCAGCUCAGGGUCAAAUUCAGAAGCUGAAGAAGGGUUAAAUUUCAACAAAAACCUCAGUCAUGUAAGUGUUACAGAACAGGCUGAAAGAAUUUCUGCAUUGCAGCAAGACCAGUUUCAAAUCAUGGGAAGUUUAUUUCCAAAUAAGAGACCCUUUAUUGGUAAUCGGCCAUUAGAAAACACCACAUACAGUCAAAAUCCAGGACCUGUCAGAGGCAAGAACGCGUAUUACAAUCCACUCACUUCAACAGUCCCUUCCAAUAAUUCAGGACCAAAUAGGUCGAUGGGCCUGGAAAAAUGGGAAGCAGAUGUUCUUGGAUUAUCGGGAAAAGAGACCAUGUCUUCUCUGGCUUCAACAGAUUUUGAGAUCCCCAAUAGAACAGGUGUGGAGUGCGGACAUAAUUACAUAGGACAGAGUGCAACAAAUUCUCUUACGUCCAUACAAAAUGGAAGACCAGAAUUUCAGCCGGCAGUUAAUCAUUCAAUUCCAAACAAACACUUUGAAUUCCGAACUGAUUUUUCAAAUGGGUCUCAAAACGGAUAUGGCCAACAACCAAUCAAGAAUAUGCGAGGGAAGCAGGACAGCUUUCAGCAGGAGAGCACAUCUCAGACGAACCCCACAAGACCGGCUGAAAGUAAACAGCCUAAUGAUAAUUGGAAGCACGGUGAUCAUACAACACUUGAACCCAAUGAAAUUAGACAAGUACGUUCUUCCGACGAACCAUCCAGUAAGAUCAGCACCACAACUCCAAAUGCAAAAAAGAGAAAAUCCGAGAAAGAAAAGCCAGAACCAUUUAACUGGGAUAGCUUGAGAAAGGGGGUGCUAUUGAAGAAUGGAACAAGAGAAAAAAGCAGGGAUGCAAUGGACUCUUUAGACUAUGAAGCAUUACGAACUGCUGAUGUUAAGCAGAUUUCUGAUGCGAUUAAAGAAAGGGGAAUGAAUAACAUGCUAGCAGAGCGAAUGAAGGCUUUUCUUAAUCGUCUGGUUGAAGAUCAUGAAAGAGUCGAUCUAGAAUGGCUGAGAGAUGUUCAACCAGAUAAAGCCAAGGACUAUCUAUUGAGCGUACGAGGUCUAGGGCUAAAAAGUGUGGAGUGUGUACGUCUUUUAACUCUUCAUCAUCUCGCUUUCCCGGUUGACACAAAUGUUGGACGCAUUGCUGUUCGACUUGGUUGGGUUCCUCUACAACCUCUUCCUGAGUCACUCCAGUUGCAUCUCCUUGAACUUUAUCCAGUGCUGGAAUCAAUCCAGAAAUAUCUUUGGCCAAGACUCUGCAAGCUGGAUCAGGAAACAUUGUAUGAGCUACACUACCAAAUGAUAACUUUUGGAAAGGUUUUUUGCACAAAGAGAGAACCAAACUGCAAUGCUUGUCCAAUGAGAGCAGAAUGCCGACAUUUUGCUAGUGCUUUUGCAAGUGCAAGACUUGCUCUUCCAGGGCUAGAAGAGAAACAGAUAGUCAGUUCAGCUACACCAGUUUAUACUAAUAAGAGCUCUAAUGUGACAAUAAAGCCUAUGCAGCUACUUACAUGUGAAGAUAACGUAGAGAGCGGAAUGGGGUCGACAAGAAACUGCGAACCAUUUAUUGAGGAACCGACAUCCCCAGAGCCGCCCAUGGAAGUGUCAGAUAGAGAUAUCGAGGAUGCAUUUUAUGAGGACCCUGAUGAGAUCCCUGUCAUAAAGCUCAACGUAGAAGAAUUCACUACAAACUUGCAGAGCUUUAUGCAAGAGCAGAUGGAAAUGGGAGAAAGUGAUAUGUCAAAAGCCCUAGUUGCUUUGAAUCCAGAACUUGCUUCUAUACCAAUACCCAAACUAAAGCACAUCAGUCGACUCCGGACAGAGCACCAAGUCUAUGAACUCCCAGAUUCACAUCCAUUACUGAAAGCGAUGGACAGACGAGAAGCUGAUGAUCCAAGUCCAUACCUUCUGGCUAUAUGGACUCCAGGUGAGACUGCAGAUUCAGUUCAACCUCCAGAAGGUAAAUGUAGCUACCAGGAAAGUGGUGUGUGCAAAAAUCCAACAUGUUUUCCAUGCAGCAGCACGAGAGAGGCAGAGUCUCAAACUGUCAGAGGCACAAUUUUGAUACCUUGCAGAACAGCAAUGAGAGGUAGCUUCCCCCUCAAUGGCACAUAUUUCCAGGUCAAUGAGGUAUUUGCGGAUCACGAAUCCAGUUUGGAGCCUAUCGAUGUCCCAAGAAGGUUGCUAUGGAACCUGCCAAGGAGGACAGUUUUCUUUGGGACAUCUGUAACAUCAAUUUUCAAAGGCCUGUCAACUGAAGGAAUCCAGUACUGCUUCUGGAGAGGAUUUGUCUGCGUUAGAGGAUUUGACCAGAAACAUCGAGCACCAAGACCCCUAAAGGCCAGGUUACAUCUUCCUGCCAGUAAGAUGAUGCCAAAGAAAAAUGAGUGAAAAUAAGUUAUAUAUCAGAUAAAGUUGCAAAGUCAAAUAACCAGAAUCCGCUUCCUCCAAGAAGAAACGAAACUGCAGAAGUAGGAUAACCAUAGGCAGCUAACAAUUUUUUUACAUUCAUUUGUCCUCUUCCCUUGAGUUGGUAGUUAACAUGUUCUUCCCCCAGUUGUAUGUACAUUGGCGUAUGACCAAUAAGUUAUUUUCUGCUGCUCAAAGUACAGGUUCCAGAAAGGGGCUGCAUGUACAUCAUAAACAGUUACAUUUUUCCAUAGUUCCAUUUUUUUCAUAGUUAUAUUUUUAACAAUUCAUAC